AUGUUUAGUUUUAUAUUUACAAAUAUAGUGUACUAUUUCAUAGUUUAUAUCUUGAGCGGUGCUCAAGGGUAUCAAGAAAUAAAUAGUUAUAAGACGGUAAAAGAAAGAUAUACUUUAGAUUUAAGAGGAUGUUCUUUAUUUGAGAAGCAGUGUUUACAGUUAGACGAUGAUCUCGAUCUUUUGUAUUGUGCUUUAAAUACAACUCAUAACAACAAUACUCAAAUCCCGUUUUUUUGUCAACAUAAAAUUUGGUCCCAUCAAGCUGAACUACUUGAUAAUAAAUUCCUUGAAUACAAACUUAAACUACCAUGUCAAGACGAAAGUGUUAUUAUGGACUGUCUGGGCAUAAAUUUAAACACUAUAGACUGCUUAUUGAAGAAAAAACCAAUUUUAAAAAAUAAAUCUUGUUGGAGAACGGUAAAUAAAUUAGAAACACUGAUCUUUAAUGACUGGCAGAUAACAGGAAAUUUUUUAAAGAAUUGCUUGGUUGACAUCGAAGCACAUAGUUGUGGUAGGAUACCACCAGAUCCGAAAAGCCUUUCACAAACUCAAACAUUGAUAUGUCUGCAAAGUUUAGAAGACACUUUACGCCCAGAGUGCCAAUCAGAAAUAACUGCAUUGAAAGAAAUGAAAUACAGUUCCUUACAGAUUGAUAAGAUUGUCUUUGCUGCAUGUAACUUGGACCAAAAGACCUUUUGCCCCGAUGAAGUCCCUGAUUCCCUACUUAUGUAUAAAUGUCUUGUAAGACAUAAGUUUGAAAAUGCCAUGACAAAACGCUGUCAAGAUCAACUUUUUUAUGUUCAAAGAAAUAUGGUCAUGAACUAUAAAAUGAGCAAAGGCUUAGUAAAGUCUUGUAAAGAAGACAUUCGUAAAUAUCAUUGUCGCAAAGGUGUAGUUGAUGACAAGGGCGUUCGACUAGCACAAAUAUUACUUUGUUUAGAAAACGUAACAAGAAAUGAUAGCAUAAAACUUUCACCAGAAUGUGUUGCUGAAAUGACAGAACACAGGAAGAUGUUAAUGGAUGAUUAUAGGCUGUCACCGGAACUAAUGCAGAAUUGUGCAAAUGAUAUAACAAUGCUUUGUAGAGGUAUUGAAGUUGGGGGUAAAACAAUACAUUGCCUAAUGGAGCACGCCAGGCCAAGAAGACGUAAAGAUAAAAGGAUUAGUUUAGCUUGUCAACGAUCUUUAGAGAUAUUAGUGCAAGAGACUGAUCCAGGUGAAGAUUGGAGGGUUGACCCAAUUCUGCGCAAAGCAUGUAAACCAGUUGUGGACAGAGCUUGCAGAGAGGUGAAUGGAGGCAAUGGCAGAGUAAUGUCUUGUCUUAUGGAAAAACUUGGUACCACUUCAAUGACUAAUGGUUGUGAAACUGCUUUGUUGCAAAUACAGUAUUUCAUAUCUAGGGAUUUUAAACUCGAUCCACAAUUAUAUAAAGCAUGUAAAUUUGAUGCAGUAACUCAGUGUAAAGCCAAAUUACAAUGGGCUGAUCUUAAUGAGUAUCCAUCUGAAAAAGACCCUUUAAUACUGCCCUGUUUAUAUAAUUAUGCUUAUAAUUCAGAAUUGAAAGGAAUACUCAAGCCAGCUUGUGAACAACAAGUUAGGAGAGUUAUGAGUCAACGAGCGGUUAGUGUAGAUCUGCUUCCUGAAAUAGCUGACACAUGUAUGGAUGAUCUGGCUAAUCUUUGUUUUGAAAAUAGUGGAAAAGGAGAAGAAAUAAUAUGCCUACAAAAUAAGAUUAAUGAGCUAUCACCUAAAUGUAAAGAGGUAGUGACCAACUUUACUGAAACACAAAGUGAUCAUAUUGAAUUAAAUGCUAUUAUAAGCACAAAUUGUAGAGUCCCUAUUGAAAAAUUAUGUGCAUCUGAAUUAAAAAGUAAAAAAGAUGAAGACAAUAUAUUAGAUUGCUUAAUAAGACAUAAAAAUGAUGCAGAAAUAAAAGCUAAUGUAAAAUGCAGAGCAGCAAUUGAACAUGAACAAUUAAUAUCUUUAAAAAAUUAUAGAUUUACUAGAAAGUUUAAAAAUGCAUGUAAGUCGUAUGUCAUGAGAUUCUGUCCAAAAGCACAAACAAAGGUGCAGAUUGUUGUUUGUUUAAGUGAAAUUAUAAGAAACGAUACUAUAACCAGGAGGAAACACACAAUAUACAAAGAAUGCCGACAACAACUGCGAAGUCAACUUUUUCAACAAAAAGAAAGUAUUGAUUUAGAUCCAGAUCUUAAGGAGGCUUGUAAAAAAGAUCUACUAGAGUUUUGUCCUUCUGUACCUCAUGCGGAAUCAGCAGCCUUGGAAUGCUUACAAACAGCAAAAGGAAAAUUAAGUGAGGGCUGCAGAAAGGCUAUAUUUGUAGUAAGGAAACAAGAAUUUACAGAUAAUGGUGUUGAUUAUCAUUUAGUAACAACAUGCAAUGAUAUGAUAGAUUUAUAUUGUCACAACUUUGAGCCAUCAGUUCUUCUAGAUUGCCUAAAGGCUCAUCGCUUGGAACCAGACUUUGAUAAUAAUUGUAAAACUGUGGUUGUAACUAGGAUGAUAGAACAAAACCUGGAUUAUCGAUUCAACAAUAACUUGCAAAAUUCCUGUAAAGGGGACAUCAAAAAAUUUUGUUCUCAUAUAAUUGUUAACGAGCCACAAGAUGUGGAAUUACAAGGAAAGAUGUUGUACUGUUUAAAGGAGAAGUUCAGGGAAUCCAAACUUGCAAAAACAUGUGAAAAUGAGUUGGCAAAUGUAUUAAAGGAGCAAGCUUUAAAUUAUCGUCUUGAUCCUCUCUUAGGAAAAUUAUGUAAAGCAGAAAUACAAACAAUAUGUGCUGUCCCAAAUGACUCUAUUACUAAUUCUGAUGGCCAGGUAGAAGAAUGUUUAAAAAAUGCACUAUUAAAUCAUAAAAUAGUGUCAGCUGAAUGUGCUCAUGAAGUCGUACAGAUAAUUGAGGAAACUGAAGUUGAUAUUGAAGCUGACCCCUUACUGGAGCGUGCCUGUGCUUUGGAUUUAUUAAAAUAUUGUAAAGAUCUCGAACAUGGAGCUGGCAGACGUUUGAAAUGUUUGAAAAUAAUUCUUAAUGAUAGUAAUAGAAAACUUGAAGCAGAAUGUCAAAAAGAAUUAUCUAGCAGAUUGGAAAUGUAUAGAUAUGUUGCAUCAGUAAAUGUGAUUGAAAAUCUAGGAGACAUGUAUGAUGGAAUAUCAUCAUCUCCGUCGAAAAAAUACUUUCUAGUUGUAGGAAUUUCAAUUGUAGGAUUAAUCUUCAUAUUUGGUUUAUAUUGUGGUCGUAUGACAAAAAGGGCUAUGUAUAUAAAAAAGAAAUAGAUUCUAGAUAAAUAGUUUUAUUAGGAAAAAUUAUUCUUUCCUCUCUGUGACCUCAUCAAUGUCCAUAUCUUCAAACUCAUCAGUCGACUCUUUCUUGAUGUUUUUAGGUUUUUCGUCUUUUUUCACUUCUACUUUAAUAUCGCCUUUGAGAAUUUUCUGACUCUCUUCGAAAAACUGAUUUGGAUGAUUAAUGCCUAAACCGAAAUCUGUUUUAUGGACUGCAUCAAAGUAUUUACUGCAUGCAAUUUGGUAGUGGCCCUUCUUAGUCAUGUCAACUAUGUCAUUGACUGCUGUAAAAUAAAUAAAGUAUUUAGAUGUCUGGAAAGUAAAUAAAUACAAAUAAAA